CAGCCUGGGGUGAUCAUCUGGCUUGACCACGGCUGACCUACAUACCGGAUUCGUCUUGGGGAAUAUAUAGAGAUCUCGCGUGACCUGACUUCUCACUAGGUCGACAGAGGUUAAGAGGAAAGCAGUGCGUUGGAAUCUCCGAGGGUGAAAAUGAGACUGUGUGUUGCAACAGUGCUGGUAUUCGCGAGCAGCGUUUUUGCCAAACCUACACCCCAGAAUGUAAUAGAUGGAGACGAUGGGCGAUUAUCUGUCGCCAUCUACGACACCGGUAACCCAUACUACGAUCCUUAUGCCCCAAUUUACGAUCCCUACGCCCCUAUCUACGAUCCAUACGCCCCAGUCUACGAUCCUUACGCCCCAGUCUACGAUCCUUACAACCCAUAUUACGAUCCCUACAAUCCAUACUACAAUCCGAACAUCCAACGGCCCAUUGUCAACCAACGACCCAUAGUCAACCAACGGCCUCACAACAACUACAAUCCUUACUAUGGAAAUGGUUACUACACCUUAGGAAACUUCAUAGGAGGGGCUGUGGGGAGCUUCCUCAAUAGCAAGGAUUCCACAGAAGCUUCGGACCCACAGGAGGCUACAGCGGCCGUUGCCUUCUGAAGACUGUGGGGAACAGAAGGCUUCAGUUUCUGUUAUGAAAUUAGUAUUAUGGAUUGACGUGAUUGUGUGAGAAGUCGAAAGGUGUUCUCAGACCAAUUUCGUUUAUUAUUUUGUUGAUUUAAGCUUUUAUCUAUAGCAUAACCACCGAUAUCUUCACGUUAAUGCAUUAGAAUAAUAAACUAGAAGGCAUUAACGUGAAUAUUUCGAUGCUUAUGCUAUAGAUAGAGGUUUGAAUUGACAAAAAAUUUAAUAAGCGUAUUGUCGAACCAUAGUUAUCUAUUUAUUUAUUUAUUUGUUGUUAUUUCGUGUUGACUAUGUCA